AGUGGUGAAGAAGAGAUGCGUUGCACUAAAAUACAAAACGAGAUUUCAAUGAGAAAAUCAGCAACCGUCAGCCAUAGAUUCCCUUUUCCCCUUUUCAACCACUCAUUUUCUCUCUCGCACCAUUUUCCCGGUAAAAUAACCGUCUCUUCCAUCAUCACUAUUUACUUCGCUAUUAAACAACUAUGAUUAUGAGCGUGCUCUCAUGCCAACGCUCCAAAAUGUUAGCAGCUCAGAACAAAUCUCCGUUUCUUCACAGAUUCCGAUCCUUCAAACCUCACCGUUCCAGAUUUCGAUGUUUGCUUGACCAAAUCGCUGUUCCGACGUCUCUCUCUCCUGUUCUUACUUCCGAUAACGUAAUCGCCGCCGCUGCCAAAGCUGCCUCCGUCCAUAGCGCCGUUUCUUCAGCCAUCACACAGGUUGCGGUCACCGCCGUGGCAAUUGCCUCUGGCGCUUGUCUUUCCACUAAGGUCGAUUUCCUAUGGCCAAAACUGCAGGAGCAACCAGGUACAGUGACGCUGGAUGGAGUAGAUGUUACUGGUUUCCCAAUAUUUAACGAUGCAAAGGUACAGAAGGCUAUAGCAUUUGCAAGAAAAGCACACCGUGGACAAAUGCGGAAGACUGGAGACCCUUAUUUAACACAUUGUAUCCACACAGGAAGAAUUUUGGCUGCAUUGGUUCCAUCAAGUGGUAAACGAGCUGUUGACACUGUCGUGGCUGGGAUUUUACAUGAUGUGGUUGACGACACUAGCCAAAGUCUGCAGGACAUUCAGGCAGAGUUUGGGGAUGAUGUGGUCAAGUUGGUAGCUAGUGUUUCAAGGUUAAGCUAUAUUAAUCAGCUAUUACGCAGACAUAGGAGGGUAAGUGUAAACCAGGGUGUGCUUGGCCAAGAAGAGGCAAGUAAUUUACGAGUAAUGCUUUUGGGAAUGGUUGAUGAUCCACGUGUUGUGCUCAUCAAGCUUGCAGAUCGCCUUCACAACAUGAGAACAAUUCAUGCUCUACCAUUGCAAAAAGCUCAAGCUGUUGCUGAGGAGACCUUAAUCAUUUGGUGUUCACUUGCUUCAAGAUUGGGACUGUGGGCCUUGAAAGCUGAACUGGAAGAUUUAUGCUUUGCUGUUCUACAGCCUCAAAUAUUUCAAAAGAUGCGAGCUGAUCUGGCUUCCAUGUGGAGUCCUACUAGCAGAACAGGAAACCUGAGAAGAUUCUCUGUAAAAGGCAAUUUGAUACAUUUGAAUGAGAACAAUUCAACUUCUUUCUACAACGGAUCCUUGACAUUCAAUGGGGAUGUGAGUAUGAAGGAUCUUUUGGAAGCUGUAGUACCAUUUGAUAUAUUGUUGGAUAGGAGAAAAAGGGCUAAUUAUCUCAACAGUAUUGGGAGUAAUCUUGGGACAUGCACAAAACCAAAGGUUGUACAAGAUGCUGGGUUAGCUUUGGCAUCAUUGGUAAUUUGUGAGGAAGCACUUGAGCGAGAAAUGAUUAUAUCAGCUUCUUAUGUUCCGGGAAUGGAAAUCACCUUAUCCAGCCGGUUAAAAAGCCUGUAUAGUUUAUACAGCAAGAUGAAACGAAAGGAUACAAGUAUUGAUAAGGUAUAUGAUGCACGUGCAUUAAGAGUAGUUGUGGGAGACAAGAAUGGGACUUUACAUGGUUCUGCAGUUCAAUGUUGCUAUAGUCUUCUUGACAUUGUACACAGGCUUUGGACUCCAAUAGAUGGUGAAUUUGAUGACUACAUUAUUAAUCCAAAGCCUAGUGGCUAUCAGUCCUUGCACACUGCAGUUCAAGGUCCUGACAGCUCACCUUUAGAAGUACAAAUAAGAACACAGAGGAUGCAUGAGUGUGCUGAACAUGGACUUGCCGCACAUUGGCUUUACAAGGAAACUGGAAAUCCAUUUUUGUCCAUAGACAAAAUGGAUGAACCUGAAACAGAAGCAUCCUCCUAUUUCUCCAAAGAUUUAGAGGGAGGAAAUUCUGCAGAUAUUUUAUUAAGUAAAUAUAAGUCAUUCAAGGCUGGACAUCCAGUCCUCAGAGUAGAAGGAAGUCACUUACUUGCUGCUGUUAUCAUCAGUGUAGAAAAUGAUGAAAGAGAAUUACUUGUUGCUGUGAGCUUUGGACUAGCUGCUUCUGAAGCAGUUGCUGACAGAAGAUCUUUCCAUGUCAAGCGAUGGGAAGCCUAUGCACGACUAUUUAAAAAGGUAUCUGAUGAAUGGUGGUUUGAACCAGGACAUGGGGAUUGGUGUACUUGUCUAGAGAAGUACAUACUAUGUCGAGAUGGAAUGUAUCAUAAGCAAGACCAAUUUGGGAGACUACUCCCAACUUUCAUCCAAGUUAUCAAUUUUACUGAGCAAGAAGAAUCUGAAUAUUGGGCUGUUGUGGCGGCCGUGUUUGAGGGCAGACAAGUUAACUGGAUAACAUCUCACUCAAAAUUUGACUUGGUUGCAUCAGCUUCUGCUGAAGCCGGCAUCAAUAACAAGGUGAAGCUUUUGAGAACAAUGCUUUCCUGGGAAGAGCAAUUGCGCUCUGAAGUAAGUGUCAAGCAAACAAAAUACGACUCAAAGUUUUAUGAUCUUCACGGUUCUCUUGGGGAAGUGGUAAUUAUUUGUUGGCCUCAUGGUGAAAUUUUGAGGUUAAAAGCUGGAAGCACUGCUACUGAUGCUGCUCAAAGAGUUGGUUUGGAAGGAAAGCUGGUUUUGAUUAAUGGACAGUUAGUACUGCCUAACACAAAACUCAAAGAUGGAGAUGUAGUUGAAGUAAGAAUUUAAAUUAUUCUUUCUUUGAAAAAUGUAAAUAAUUCUUUAUGGGUCGAGUGUGUUUAAAGUGGAUGGGAUAGAAAUAAUUUUUAUUUUCUCAUUUUAUUUUAUUUGGGGAGAUGGGAUUUCUCGGUGGAAUAACUCUUAAAAAUUCAAAUGUGGUGCUUUAGACUAGAUUCCAAGAAUAUGUUUGAUAACCACAUGUGCAUCAUACAAUUACAUUUUUUAUUAUUAUUUUGGUUGUA